AUGUCAAUUUUAAAGCGCAAAGCAACUACUGAUCUUAACGUGAAGCCAAAUAAACUUAUACGACAAGAACUACGUAAUUGCCCAAAAUCAGAGCACCUAAGUCAUUCUGACGUCAGGUUAUUCAGGAAAAGUAUGUAUGCAGCUAGACGAAAAAUAUUUCCAAAAAUAUCAAAAUCUUUAUUCGAAGCAAAAGCUAUGAUUUUUCAAAAUAAAAAAGAUUUUGUUUCAAAUAAUGAACUAUUUUGUUUCAUGGAUUCGGAAAAUAGUAUACCUAUUUUUACAAAUGCUACUAAUAUGUCCCUUUUAAAUAGUUCAAAGCAUGUUUUUGCUGAUGGAACUUUUUCGUAUGCACCAAAAUAUUUCCUUCAAAUGUAUACAAUACAUGUAUAUUUGAAUGGAUUUUAUGUGACAAUUAUAUUUGUUUUUAUGGACUCUAAAACACAAAAAUCAUGUACUGAUGUUAGGUUGAAAAUAAAAGAGUUAUAUUUUAAAUUUCAAGGACAACAAUUGCAAUUGAAAAUGAUACAUUUAGACUUUGAAAAAGCUGCUCACAACGCAGUAUUGGAAGUUUUCGAAAAUUGUCAAGUGGUAGGUUGUCGUUUUCACUUAAGUCAAGCCUGGUUUCGUUGCAUUAAAAAUUACAAAGAAUUAAAUAAACACUAUGCUGGAAAAACAGUUGUGUACCAGUGGCUUCAAAGUUUUUUCGCUCUAAGUUAUUUACCUUCUAAUGAGGUUAAUGAUGGUUUUGUAUAUCUCAUGGCCAAUGCACCACCCAAUGUUGAACAUUUCACGGAUUAUAUUGUAGACACGUUUAUUGAUGAAAAUAGUUUAUUCCCACCUCAUUUUUGGGCAG